AACCGUAAACACAUGAAAUUACAUGUUUCAAGGUUAUGUCGAAAUCGUACAGCGUCGCAUUCCCAACAGCGGAACGUAGGUGGAGAUGAAUUCGUACUUCAGUUUACUGUACAUUUUCAUUUAUAAAAGAAUCGACCACACGUUUGGACUACUAGCAUUCGAACCUCAAAUCUCAAAUUGUGAGGUAUGUGGCUCUGUGGUGCUGAAACACAUCAGUUAUGCAGUCAAACAGACUACGAAUUGUGCAUUGUUCUUGCAGAAAAGUACAAAACCUCUGGACUUCUUAAUAUUAAAGAUGUCAAACGCCUCGCCAGUUUUAAAUGGUGAAAACACAGGCGGUGUCGCAGAUUUUUCGACAGACGCUUCCGUCAACAUGGUAGCAGCAAUACAUGAUCACAUUUCGUGCGCCAAACCAGUGCAGGUUGACCCGUUUAAUGCCCAAGAUAGUAAAACAGGGAUACUUGCAUAUUCCUGUGAAUUCGACCACAUGUAUGCUAGUUUGACUGAAGGAACAACUGUUCAAAAGGAUGGUGCUGAAGUGAAACAUUUAAAAGAGUUGCUGCUUCUACAUCUCGAUUUAAUACAACAGCAGUCGGAACAGUUAGUAACAAAAGAUAAACAACUCUCUGCUUUGCGCCAGGAAAAUGAAACGCUCAGACAGAGGCUGGAGCGAAUGGAUCGCAGGGUGACUUUGCAAAAGCAUCGGGAAGUUUUAGAAGUAUUUGUGCCAACAUCUGGUGGGUGUGUUAGUCCCCCAGCAGCGUCCCCACCAUUCACAACUGGUGGUCCAUCUGUACUCCUUGGCUCUUCAGGAACAUCUAUUAUUGAAUGUGAUUCAGAAACCAUUACAAUUCCUUUGGAAACUAUUGAUAGUAGCAUACAUAACAUUACUGUAGGGAACAAUAGUGAAAGCACCUCUGUCACAGAUAAUCAAAACAUUGUUACUCCUCGUUCAUCUUGGGAAAUAGCCAAGAGAAGGAGAAGAGGGGAUCCUGAAAAUACUAGUUCUACCAGCUGUAGUGGUGGUCGACGGAAACGACUUGCAUCUUGGACAUCAUCUAUAAACAGUGAUGUGCUUUCACAUGAUGGAAGAAACUCUGUAAAUAAGGAGACAACAGGGGAACAUAAACGAAUGCAGAAGAAACUUAGGACCAAAGGUUUCCUUUCCUUUCUUGUGGUCUUUUUGGUUUGUUUAUAUUUAAAUAUGUGAAUGAAGUGAAUGUGGAAUUAAGAAAUGUGAAUUACAUAGUUCAUACAUCACCACAGAAUAUUAGUUUCCUGUUCUGUGUGUGUGUGUGUAUGUAUGCAAUAAUAUUGAAGUCUGGAACAAGUUCCAAGCUUGGUUACCAUUUGCUUGAUUAGUGUUUUGGUUGGAAUUGCAACAGUGAUUGUUAAGGCAAUAAUCUGGUAGGAGAAUGCUAAAGUACUUGAUCCAAAUGUGUCACUUUUAUUCUCUCUAGAUUUUUAUGUACACACUGCUUUGAAUUCACCCAUCUGGGUGGUACAGCUGUCUAGGCCAGGGGUGGGCAAUUAUGUAUAGUCUGGUGGUAGAUGGAGUUAAUUUGAAGAGAUGGCUGAUGGAACUCAUAAAAAAAUUCAAUACCUCAAAUCAAUAAAUAUUGUUG